AUGGCAUCUUCCGGCUCUGUGCGGAGAGCCCUAGUAGUUGUUGGCAAGGUGUCAAAGGGCCAGGUCCUGAAUGCCAACGCCAAACUCGGCAGCAAUUGGCUUUCAGCACUGGAUAUUGCUGAACAAACUGCACAGGCAGACUACCCAAAUAUUACUGGCAUGGAGAUUGCCGGCGCUCUGGCUCAUCAGUCCCAUCAAGUUCAGUCCCAUUCCAACGUGCUCAGUGUCAAAUUCUUUGAGGGGGAGGACAGGGUCAUUUCUGGUCAUGUUCAUAUGAAUGGGCGUGUCGACUACAGCAGGGAGCGUCUUCGCAGUGGCCAGAAAGAGCGAUGGAAACCCACUAGAGACCAGGUAGACCAGAAUUCCUGGACUGUGUACGACCCAGAAAAGAAGAAACACAGGAAAGUCUUUCAAGAACAGGGCUGGUUGUACAUCGAGAUAGGCGGCGUCAAAGUGUGGUUCUAG